AACCGGCCACGAUUUGUUUUUACGUACAAGAAUGCGGAGAAGCGGUUGCUGACGCCAGAUGCUGGCGAUGGUCUUUUGCGGGGGAGGUCUGGGGUAGAACCCUCAGCUAAAGGGAUCAGUUGGAGAGAGGGCGUGACGUGAGAGAGAGGGAACAAGUGGAGGAGAUGCUGCAGACAGACAAUGGGAACAUGAAGCUGAACUGGAGGAGCAACUCGAAAUGCUCCCCUGCGUCGUCUAUCGUGCUGGCCAAAGUGGAGGACCAGCCCCGAGUCUAGAUGCACGAGGCUGCUUCGACCAAACCAAAUCACGCCGCACCAGUCAUUAUCAUUGGAUUACCGCGCUGUUUCUUCCCUUAUCUACUCAUAAUGGAGCACCGAACCAGCCCCGAACCCGGAGCUUUCAUCCAGCUCGCCGUGGAAAGAUCCGGUGGCCGGAGGCGUUCGCACACUUCGAACCUUGGGGACAGCCAGAACCUAGCCAUUACGCCCACUCCAUCCGUGGCGCUUCUGGCCCCGACGACGCGGCCACCCCGGCCCUCUCCUCUGGUCUCUGCAACCUUAUUAGCUUGCUUCGACGAGUAGGAGUAGAGUCCUCGUACUCGUACGGUAGUACUGGGCUAUACAGUAGAUGGCAAACCCAGAAUCCGACGCUUACUUUCAAGACUUACUUUACCUUAUCUAUCUGCUCCGUAAUUUGUCGAGGCGAGGCGCUUGGGGAUCGUCCUGGAUCUGCACGAACCACUUGCUUGGGGUAUUAAACUGCCUCUUCCUCCACCUCCGCACUUUUCAUCUCGUUUCCUCUUUCCUCUCAUCCAUCCACUUUGGCGGUUUAAAUAAGACUUGGCUAUCGGCCUUGGGUACCAAUCAACUCGAUCCCAUUUUCCGUCUCUCCUUCCACAUCCGGG